AUGGCAGUGACCGAGGAUAACGCUUUAACUAGUCUGCAUCAAUUUAUUGCUGCCACUCAGCCUUUACAAAGAUCUCCUGAUAAAAUACCGUUAAUGGAUGAUAUCAUGGGUGCUAUGCUUCAACAAAUUCCAACAUUCAACUAUCCGACGCCUGUCGAUGCAAAACCGGCUGGCUCGUCGGAUAGUGACACUCCUCGCAACCAGAGUCCGAAUAGUGACGGUCAGACCGAAACCCAACCAGCAUUUAGCGGCAAGGAACCUAGGCCUUACCGUCAGGAACCAUGGCACGAAUGCUUCACUACCUUACACAAAGCAGAAUUCGAUGCGUUGAUUUACUCCUUGUAUGUAAUGAUGAGGGACGAUAAGAAAUUGGAUGGAUAUGAAUAUUACGAGUGCAUUAAUCGCUUACAAAGCAAAUGUCGUUAUCGAGUAAGGGCCAGAAGAAUGAACGAAUUCAUUAUUGUGGAAGAGCGAGGUGCUCACAAUCAUGCAAUGGAGCCAGUUGGAACACCGGGCACUCAUGCUGGAUUGCCAAAAACACUAAGAGAAAUUGUUGAUCGUUCUUUCUAUGAGGAUUGGAACAAUGCUGUCCGACAAGAAAAACUUGAAGAGGAGGUACGUCGUCUUGGUCUACCACAUAAUCCUCGUCUUGGCAGACAAGUGGAUAAUCGCAUUGCAUAUCUAAGAAGGGUGAAAAAUCUGAAUGAAAUGAAACGAAUUCAGGAUCAGGGUGGCCAACUUCCAGAACUAACUCCAGAAAUUCAAGCACAGUUGAUAGCGUUGGUGAUGGGAGGUGCGGGUCUCGUUCAACUGAAUGAACAGACUCCAGACGAACAAGCUGCGCUAUCAGCCAUUAUAUCAGCAUUGUCUACUGGUUCGAAUAUGCCUUUAAUUCCACCGAAUCCAUUUAUCAACAACGAUUUAUCGUCCAUAUCAACGAAUUUACUUUCAUCAUCCGAAGUCUAUUCAACAAACGACAAUUCAAGCAGUAACAGUAAAGUGGAUGAUGUUGAUGAAGUAGUUGGUAUGGAUGAUGAUGAUGAUUGUAGUACUGAAGAUGAUCAGCUGCAGAUCGAUAACGAUUCAUAA